AAGUAGCUUGCUAUAUGAUUGGAAUAGAUAGAUCAUACAUAAGUAUUGUAUUUGAGCUGUGGCGCUGUCUUCGAUCCAGCAUCAUUAGAAUUAACUUUGGCUGGCAUAGGGUUACUGACGUUGAAAUACGGCCAACUGUUACGAAAACAGCGCUAAUGCUAAUAAGCUAGCUAACAGCUUAGCUAGGUAAAAGUGUUAAAAUGCUAAGAAGACCUAAAAUAAGCCUGGUUUAGAACCUAAAGUAACGUUAUACCGGUUGUGAAGCUAACGGUUGGGCUUCUUUUGUUAUUUUCACCGGGUUUUCACUCUCGGACCAUGGCUAUGAGGAGCGAGGUCAGGGCGGAGACUGAGGUAGAGGAGGAAGAAAGCUUUGGGCCCCAGCCUCUGAGCAGACUGGAGCAAUGUGGAAUCAGUGCCAGUGACAUCAAGAAGCUGGGAGACGCAGGUUUCCACACCAUCGAGGCUGUGGCCUACGCACCCAAAAAGGAGCUGCUCAACAUCAAAGGCAUCAGUGAGGCCAAAGCUGACAAAAUCCUAGCUGAAGCUGCCAAACUUGUGCCCAUGGGUUUCACCACAGCUACUGAGUUCCACCAGAGGAGAGCAGAGAUCAUCCAGAUCUCUACAGGCUCCAAGGAGCUCGACAAACUCCUGCAGGGUGGGAUCGAGACAGGCUCCAUCACAGAGUUGUUUGGAGAGUUUCGGACAGGGAAGACCCAGCUGUGCCACACGCUCGCUGUCACCUGCCAGCUGCCCAUUGAUCAGGGCGGGGGAGAAGGUAAAGCCAUGUACAUCGACACAGAGGGCACCUUCAGACCAGAGAGACUGCUCGCUGUAGCUGAGAGGUAUGGGCUGGUAGGCAGCGACGUUCUGGACAACGUGGCCUACGCCCGAGCCUUCAACACAGACCAUCAGACCCAGCUGCUGUACCAAGCCUCAGCCAUGAUGGCUGAGUCCAGGUACGCUCUGCUGAUAGUGGACAGUUCCACGGCUCUGUACAGGACCGACUACUCGGGCCGAGGGGAGCUGUCGGCCCGGCAGGGCCACCUGGGACGCUUCCUCCGCAUGCUGCUCCGGCUGGCAGACGAGUUUGGCGUUGCCGUGGUGAUAUCCAACCAGGUGGUAGCCCAGGUGGAUGGGGCAGCCAUGUUUUCCGCAGAUCCCAAAAAACCAAUCGGAGGCAACAUUAUGGCUCAUGCCUCCACCACACGUCUGUACCUGAGGAAAGGCCGAGGAGAGACGAGGAUCUGUAAAAUCUACGACUCGCCCUGCCUGCCCGAGGCUGAAGCCAUGUUUGCCAUUAACCCCGACGGAGUGGGUGAUGCCAAGGACUGAGCUGGCGGACAGGCAGGAAGCAGCUGGGGGGGGAGGAGUUAAAGGUUGCUGUCACACCUGCUGACUCCUUGGACUAAAUUACCGCGUGUGUGAGCCCCACCCAUACUACCGCCUUCAAACGGAGUCUUCGUCGAAGGGUAUGUGAUUUGGUUUGAUGCCGAUUGAGCCCGAGUCCAUAAGAUGAUCCAGGCUGCAGAUCUGGCCCUCUGGAGCUCAGCGGGUGCAACCGCGAAGAUGGAAUGUUUUCUUUCAUAACUGAAGCCCAUUUCGCCCAACAAAGCAAGAAAACACGUUUUCCUACAAUUAUGACAUGGUAUCUCAUAAUUACAGGAUCUGUUAUGCUAUGUGUGAGAUGCUACUUUAUAAUUCCAAGAUUGGCAUUUCAUCAUUAUGAGUUAGUAUGUCCAUAAUUACACAAAAACCUCUCAUGAGGUCUUUUUUUGUGUAAGAACAAGAUCCACUAUCUCAUAAUUACAAAAAUGUAUAGUCUAAUAUGAACAAAGUCUCGAUUACUUCAUCAUUAGAUGUUUUUUUUUGGAUAAUUAGUAAAGAUUUGAUAAUUAAGAGAUCCUAUGUCCUAAUUCGCAGAAAAAAAAAAAUCUUUGUUGAAUGCAGUGCACCUCUGCAGUUUCAUGUAUGGAGUGCGUCAAAUAAUUUUGUAAACUAUUUUAAAUAGUUUGAUCUUUUUUUCUGUUAACUUCUGUCUGCGUUUCUGUUGAGUGGUGUCCUCUGACAGGGCCGUGUUUUCCGAGGAAUGCUGUUGAAACAUUAUUUUGCAAUGAAAGCAUUUCUACAAAGCUAUACUGUGUGUAAUAUCUCCGAUGUCCCCUCUUUCCAGCCACACCACUACCGCUGUGUCCCUUUUUUCUGUUUGUCUUUACCGAAACAUGUUGUAUAUAAGCUUCAAGGCUAAAUUAAAUUUGUUUUACCAUUAUGUCAA